AUGUCGUAUACUACUCAGGAUAGAGAAGAAAAAUAUUGUGAUUCCGUGGUUGAAUCAACACAAGUGAAAAAAGCCAUGAAAAGGAGUGCUGAUGAUCAUAAUGACGACAACAAUGAACCCCCUCUCCAAAAACCUGCUACCGAAGAACAUAGCUCUGUGGUUGCAGCCCACUAUAACCAUCUGGAAGAAAAAGGCUUGAGAGAAAGAUUUAAUUCUCCCAUAUAUUACCUCCGUAAUUUUAAUAAUUGGGUUAAAAGUGUACUAAUCCAGGAGUACACCGACAAAAUUAGAGAGAAAGACUACGGCAGAUCAUUGAGAGUGCUAGAUAUAUGCUGUGGAAAGGGUGGUGAUCUAAGUAAGUGGCAAAAAGCCAGAGUAGAACAUGUGGUAUUUGCUGAUAUAGCCGAGGUAUCAGUUCAACAAUGUCAAACAAGAUAUGAUGAACUGCGAGCACGGACAAGGGGUGGUCGGCUGUAUUCAGCUGAAUUCAUUGCAGCCGAUUGUUCUAAGGCCACAUUAAGAGACAAAUAUAGAGAUCCUUCUAUAAGUUUUGAUAUUGUGAGUUGCCAAUUUGGACUGCACUAUAGUUUUGAAAGCUUACCUCAAGCAAGGAGAAUGCUCACUAACAUUUCAGAGUGUUUAAAACCAGGUGGUUACUUUUUUGGGACUAUCCCUGAUGCCUAUGAAAUUGUGUCCCGAAGUAAAAAAUCUGAUGGCUCAUUUGGAAAUAGAAUUUAUAAUAUUAAAUUGCUUUUUGAUGUUGAGAAAGGCUAUCCCCUAUUCGGGGGAAAGUAUGAUUUUCAUUUAGAGGGAGUUGUGGACUGCCCAGAGUUUUUAGUGAAUUUCAAACUAUUUACUAAACUCGCUUCGGAUUAUGGUUUAGAACUAAUAUAUAAAGCAAGAUUUGCUGAUUUCUUUAAAGAUCAUUCUGAGAAAUACAGGCACCUGUUACAAAAAAUUGUGUGCUUUGAAAGUUAUCCUCCACCUCCAGGAAAAGAACUGAUUGCUGAUGAAAAAGAAUAUGAACAUGCCAAGCAAUACUGGGAAAGCAAAGAAAAUAAGACUGAACGCGACAGAAUUGGCACUAUGAGUACAAGUGAAUGGGAAGUAGCCACGGUGUACAUGGCAUUUGCAUUUAGAAAACUGAAGAGUACUUGGGAUUCAAACGGGAAACCUGUAUAUUCGAAGCCAAGAGAAGAAAGCCAAACAACAAAUAAAAAUUAG